AUAAAGCAGAGGAGAAGAGGAAAAGAAAACAGAUGUGAACUCUCUCUUCUUCUCUCUUGUCUUAACCAUUUAAUAUCCUCUCCUCUCACCACUACUCGUCUAUGGCCAGCGACGGUGGCGUUUUUUGUCUACGGAGGCCGGAGAUGAUAAACGUCGGCGGCAUCGGAGGAAUGGAAUCUCCUCCUUUGGAUGUAGAUGAAGUUCAUGUCCUGGCCGUCGAUGACAGCCUCGUUGAUCGGAUUGUCAUCGAGAGAUUGCUUCGUAUUACCUCCUGCAAAGUCACGGCUGUAGAUAGCGGAUGGCGUGCUCUGGAAUUCCUAGGGAUAGAUAACGAAAAAGCCUCUGCCGAACUCGAUAGAUUGAAAGUUGAUCUGAUUAUUACGGAUUACUGCAUGCCUGGAAUGACUGGCUACGAGCUUCUUAAGAAGAUCAAGGAAUCGUCGAGUUUCCGACAAGUUCCGGUUGUAAUAAUGUCAUCCGAGAAUGUAAUAACCAGAAUCGACAGAUGUCUUGAGGAAGGUGCGGAGGAUUUUUUACUGAAACCGGUGAAACUCGCCGACGUGAAACGCCUGAGAAACUAUUUAACCAGUGACGUUAAACUAUCUAACGGAAACAAACGGAAGCUUCCAGAAGAUUCUGUUUCCGUCAACACUUCUCCGCCGUUGACUCUCUCGCCUGAUUCCUCGGAGUCUUCUUCGCCGCCGUUGACUCUCUCGUCUGAUUCGUCGGACGCUUCUUCUCCGCCGUUAUCUCCCGUGGAGAGCUUGUCCUCGCCGCUCUCAUUCCCAUUAGACGAUGAAGAUGACGAUGUGUCGACUGAGUCUUCGCCGACGCCGGAGGAAUCGCCGGUUCGACGGCAGAAGAUGAGGAGUCCCAGUUUGGAUUAGUGAAACUGUGAAAG